AUGACUUCACAUCUUCUGUCACUUCUCCUCACGGCUACCAGCCUAGGGAUAAUCCUUCUACUUUCUCGCCUUCUGUGGAGCUAUCUCACCUCUCCAAUCAGGGAUAUCCCUGGCCCUUUCUUGGCCAAGCUCACGGAUCUCUGGCGACUAUACAGCCACUGGGCUGGUACGCACAUCGAGACCCAACGGAAGCUGCAUGAGAAAUAUGGCAGCGCGGUGCGGAUUGGACCCAAUUGUGUCAGUAUAAGUGAUCCGAGCUUGAUCACGACGAUAUAUGAUACCAGAGGUGAUUUCGUCAAGAGCGACCUUUACCGCGUCACGGACGCCGUGCAGGACGGGCAAACGGUUGAGUCUGUCUUCAGCACACGGAGCAAUGACUUUCACUCAAAGUACAUCAAACCAAUCCACAAGUUCUAUGUCAUGAAUAGCAUCCUCAAAAUAGAGCAUUUUGUAGACCGCACGCUCGAGUCACUUUGCGAACACAUCGAAGAACGCUUCAUUGAACGUCUAAAUACUGGGAAAUUAUUUGAUAUUGCGGAUUGGAUACACCUCUAUACGUGGGACGUUAUGAGCGAGCUUACCUUUAGCAAAAAAAUGGGAUUCCUCGAGACUGGUGGCGACGUUGAAGACGCGAUUGCUACCAACAAGUUCUUAAUGAGAUACUUCGCACUGGUCGGCCAAGUACCUACUCUAGACAAAUGGCUAGCCAAAAACCCAAUCCUCCCCUUCAAGCUCCCCACCUUCUCCGGCGCAGCCAGCCUCUGCGCCCAGCGAAUGUUCGAGCGCGUUCAGAAUCCCGCCCUGGCAACGCAUGACGACUUCCUCAACCGCUUCCUCCAAGCCAAAGUCGACUACCCUGACUUCGUCGGGGACAACGACGUAGUGGCCUAUCUAAUGCUUCACCUCCUCGGUGGCGCUGAUACAACAGCUAUCAUCCUAAACGCCCUCAUCUACCACCUCCUCCGCAACCCCGCCGCCCACUCCCGCCUCGUCUCAGAACUCACUACCGCGCGCCUCCCCUACCCCGCCCCCUACGCGGCCGCCUCCCGGCUCCCCUACCUCACCGCCGUCAUCAGCGAAGCAAUCCGCAUACAUCCAUCCAUCGGGAACAUCCUCGAGCGUGUCGUCCCGCCCGCCGGGCUAGAGCUCCGUGACGGGCGCAAGAUCGCGCCGGGUACGCUUGUGGGAGUCAACGCAUGGACGGUUGCCAGAUCGAAGGAGGUAUAUGGGAAGGACGUCGAUACCUUCCGGCCCGAGCGAUGGCUGCAGGCCGAAGAAGAGGGUGUGGAGUCUUAUGACUCGAGGGUGAAAGGGAUGCGGCAGGCGGAGCUUGCGUUUGGCGCGGGUCGGCGGGCAUGCAUGGGGAAGCCCUUUGCGAUGGUGGAGCUGUAUAAGGUUGUGGCCACGCUGUUUGGACGGUUUGAGAUUGAGCUUGAGGGCCCCAAGACGGAGUGGAGGGUUUUGAAGCUGUUUUUUGUGUUUCCGAGUGGGAUUAUGGUGAGGAUGCGGAGGGCUGCGAACGGGACGUGA